AUGACCACCACACCCCCGACGUUUCAGACCGUCAUCGCGACAAGCCUAUCACCAGGGGCUCUGCUGCUGGAAUACAACCAACCCAAGAUCUCCAACGCAUUCACGCUCCAGCAGUACCACGACCUCGCCGACGCACUUCGCUGGGCGCGCAAUGUCGAUUCCAUCCGGGUGAUCGUCCUCACAGGCAAGGGCAAGCACUACUGUGCCGGAAAAGUGCUACUGCCCCCAGGUGAAUCGGGACCGACCAUCGAGCAAGAAAUCGAAGCGGGCCGCAAACUGGGAGACGAGCUACAGGGCUACCCGAAGGUGCUCAUUGCCGCCGUCCACGGCGCGGCCAUCGGAUGGGGAUGCACCCAACUGUGGAACUUCGAUCUGGUGUACGCGUGGGAGAAGGCGGCCGUGUUUCAGACUCCCUUCAUGAGCCUGGGAUUCGUCCCUGAAGGGGCGUCGAGCUGGAGUUUUCCCAAAGUCAUGGGCAAACAGCGCGCCAACGCACUGCUGUUGGCAGCGGAAAAGCUGAACGCGCGGGAGAUGUACGAUGCGGGCAUGGUGACCAAAGUCAUCGGAGGUGACACGGUCGAGGCGUUUCGCGACGAGGUCUUCAAGAUCGCAAAGAGGAUAGGCACCUACAGCGCCGAGAGUCUGAGGAUGGCCAAGGCACAGGUGAAUCGGCCGACGGUGUUGGCUCAGCAGCGGGAGGCGGGAAUGUGGGAAGCGGUGGAUUUAAAGGUGCGACUGAACAGUGACGAGGCCAAAGCGGCGAUGAAGGCAUUCGCGAACAAGAGCAAGUCGAAAUUGUAA